AUGGCGGCAGCAGGUGUUGACAUCGGCUACAUUGCUGGGCAUUUGGGCCUCGACCAACCUGUGGUGACGACACUGAUCACUGAACCGACUGCGGAAUUGGUGGCAACGCUGCUGAAGGCUGUAGCUGGCAAGGCGCACGAAUAUGACACCUUAUACGCCGACAAGCUUCAAACCGAUAUUGAGCUGGAGAAUGCCGUUCGAAGUUCGGAAAACAGAUCGCAGGCCUCAAAGUCCACUGCAGACAAGGCGCUGAAGGACGUCGAGGAGGCGAGGCAGAAGCUCAAGGAGGAAGAGACGAAGCGGCAAUCUUUGGAAAACGAAUUACAGGUGUUGAAGGCAAAGAAUUCCGAUCACGCUGAUGAAGUGAAGAGCCUCAAUGACAAAAUUGAGACCCUGCAGUCAUCCAACCGAACAAAUCUGAGCAUCAUCGAAUCGAACAAUAAGCGCGAUGAAACCAUUACGGAGGAACUCACUAAGCAACACCAGCGGAACGUGGAGUUGGCUCGCGAGGUCACGAGCCUUCAACAAUCAGAGCAAAAUGCAAAGGGUCAACUCAACAGCGCCAAGUAUCGCGAGGAUUCGUUGAAGCAACAACUUGAGCUAGCUCGCCGUAAUAGCGAAUGGCUCGAGAGUGAGCUCAAGACCAAGAGCGAAGAAUCCUUGAAAUACAGAAAAGAAAAAGGUGCCCGUAUUGCUGAACUCCAGCGCGAGAGCGAGGAUGCCAGGUCACAGGUUGAGGCACUCAAACGAUCCGAACAGCAGCUUCGCGAGCGUCUCGAUGCCAUGCAGGCCAAAGCUGAUGAGGCCCUUGUCAACUUACAGAAGCAGGAAGGUGCCUUUGCUGCCACCGUCGAAAGUUAUAAGCAAGAACUGGGAGACCAGCGAAGACUUGUUGACAUGUCCGACCAGCUGAGCAAGAAACACCAAGAACGUGUGCGCGACCUUGAGGCCGAGAAGGAGCGUCUAAGAGACAACUACGAAAACGAAAUUCGACGGGUUCGACUAGAGCUAGAACAAGAAAGGCAAAAUGCGACCGAGAUGGAGAAAAGAAUUAGCCAACUCGAAGGCGAACUCGACGAAGCCCAGGCUCGGAUGGAGCAUGGCCCUCCGCCUGGCUCAGCGCCUCAGACACCGAGAGCAAACGGUUCUUUCAUGGCUCGUCCGUCCUCACCUUUUGGUACACCGGCAUCAAUUCGUGGCAAGUCGACACAGUUGACGACCACUCAGGCGCUGGAGCAACUGUUCCACACCCGAGGUCAGCUUGCGAGCGAGAAAGGCAGGAGCGCCAGGCUACAGGAGGAGCUUGAAGAUAUGAUUACGGCACUUGAGGCCAAAGCACCCGAAAUUCAAGAGCUACAGGCCGAGUCUGAAACACUUCGCCGUGAAAUAGCCCGGAUGUCAGAAUUAUCUCAGCAAAGUUUCGAGGAGCGAGAUAGCGCGAGAAAGGUAGCCCGCAAGGCAGAAAAUGCAUUGGCUACGUCUCAGUCUGAACUGAAGAUCCUUCGAACGCAACUGCGGGACUUGGGAACUCAGAUUCAGAUGCUUGUUUUUAACAUCUAUGCCAUCGAAAAAGGCAUGGACCAAUUGACUGAGGAGGAGAAAUACAGACUUCAGCAGCUCGAAAGAGGAGAAAUCACCGAGGAGGCCCUCUCUGAUCUCUCUGAUACUCAUCAGUUCAUUACUCAAAAAUUGGUGGUUUUCAAAGACAUCAAGUCUCUGCAAUCAAAGAACGAAGACUUAAUGCGCAUCACUCGCGAACUGGCGGACCAGCUUGAGAGCGAGGAAGCUCUCGCCGCAAAACACCAAGCCAAGGAAGACCAUGAUCGUGUCGAGAAAUUGCAGCGGGAACUCGAGCAAAUGACGGAGGAGAGCAGGUCAAUUAAGAAUACGAUGGAGAGUUACAAGACAGAGCGAGACAUGUUCCGGCGAAUCCUUCAACAACGUGGCACCGGUGUCGACGAAGCUUCAAUGAUGCGUAGCUCACUGGAUGGAAGCCAGAGGGCACCACUCGCUAGCAUCGAGGGUGGUGAACAGGCAGAGUCCCUCGGCGAAGCCCUUCGGAAACUGCAAUCUGAGUACGAUAACUUUAGAGAUGCGCAAGACGGCGUUCGCAAGGACCUGAGAACUCAAAUCGACCAGUUAUCCAGUGAAAAGAAUUCUCUUCACACAGAACGUGUCAAGUUGCAGGGCGAAGUGAGAUUGGAGUCUGAACGUCGGGAGAUGCUGCAGAGCAAUUACGUUGCGUUGCGAUCCGAAAACACUGAACUGCAAAAGAGACUCCAAGCUCUCUCCGAAACCGCCGCAAAGCAGGACAUUCGAACACAGCAGGUCGCUGAGGAGCUCAUUGAAAGCAGGGGCUUGCUGGACAGCAUGAGAAACGAAACGGCCAAUUUGAAGGCCGAAAAGAAACUUUGGAAAGAUAUCCAGGAUCGUAUGAGCAAGGAUAACGAGAAUUUGAUUGAGGAAAAGAAUCGGCUGAAUCAUCUUCUUGCCACUCAACAAUCUCUGGAGAAUGAACGCAACAUGUCUGAGUCUGAAGGUCGACGGAAGGCACAGGCUAAGAUUGAUACUUUGGAGCGCGAGUUAUCCGAUGUGCAGAGGAAGCUUUCCAGCGAAACAGAAGAGAGCAAGAAACUGCAGCUCCGAAAGGAGUUCGAGGCCAAGGAAGCGCAAAAGAGAAUCGACGAACUCAUGACUAGCUUGGGCCAGAUUCGCGAAGAGCAUGUCAGCAUCAAGACUUCUCGAGACCACCUGCAGGCUCGCGUUGAUGAGCUGACCGUCGAGCUGCGAAAUGCCGAAGAGCGUGUCGGCCGGCUACAACCUCGACCUACUCCACGACCUGGCCUAGGCGCUGAUGGAAACGAGCGGCAACACGAGCUCGAGGCUGAGCUUCAUGACCUUAACAAUGAUAUUUCUGACCUCAAGCGUGAUCUCGACCUAGCCAACACCCAACUUGAGAAUGCCAAGGCUCAGGCUGAGCAGUACAAGGAGCUUAGUCAAGGCAACGAAGAGUUACUCGAAGACUUGCGACAAUCUCAAGAACAGUACAGACAAGAGAUGGAGGCCAUGAUUGAGGAGAAGGACAACAAGAUCAAAGAGCUCAGUCAACGGAUCGAAGAUAUGUCCGAAGAGCUGUCUCGCUCGAAUACAGAGCUGUCGCAGUUGCGUGACUCUCAAGGCGAUGUCGCUCGUAAAUACGAGGAUGAAAAGGCAAUUCUUGAAGAAGAGCUAAACCGCCUCAAGGAAGACAGCGCCAGGCACGUCGAAGCUACGCGAUACCAUCAGCAGGAUUUGCGUGCCCAAGCCGAGAUUGCUUCCAAGGCUCAGCAAGACUACGAGAAAGAACUGGUCAAACAUGCUGAAGCUGCUAAGCUCGUUCAGCAACUACGAAGCGAGUAUAAUGAGCUGAAGAGCGAAUCAGCAUCACUACAUGCGGAAGCAGAAUCUGCCAAGGUUACACUAGCACAAAGUGAGAGCUCUUGGGAGGAUCGUCGACAGCAGUUAGAACAGGAAAUGACAGAGCUGACUGCUCGCCGCGAGGAUGUCAACGCUCAAAAUAAACUGCUUCACCAACAGCUCGAAGGGUUAACCGCCCAGGUUGCUGCCUUACAGCAAAGCAGAUCGAAUGGCAAUGGAGAUGGUGAUGAAGCUAUGUCACCCGUGAACGUGGGCGAUGCUCUGGAAGGUUUGCGCGAACUCAACAGCUACUUGCGUCGCGAAAAGGAGAUUUUGGAAGUUCAGUACGACUUGAAAUCACAAGAGUCGAAGCGCCUCCAGCAACAAGUUGAGUACACGCAAUCACAGCUAGAUGAAGCUCGCCUGAAGCUUGACCAAGAACGCACACAAUCCGCGCAAAGCGGUCGCGCGUCAAUGACGCACCAAGAUUUGAUGGAAAAGCUCAAUGAACUCAACUUGUACCGAGAAAGUAGUGCUGCUCUUCGCAACGAGAACACCCAACUCAAGGACCAGAUUAUCGAGAAAAACAAGAAAGUGGAGGAUAUGGAGGCCAAGGUGCAACCUCUUGAGGCUGAAAUAGAUAAUCUCAACACCCAAAAGUCCUACCUCGAGGAGGAGAUCAAGCAGAUUCAGGAGGAUCGAGACCGAUGGCAGAAGCGAACUGAAGGCAUCCUGACCAAGUACGGCCGUGUUGACCCGGCAGAAAUGGAGCAACUGAAGAAAACCAUAACGGACUUGGAGACUGAGCGAGAUGGACUUAGACAGGGCGAGCAGCCACUUCGGGAGAAAAUUACCGAGCUGGAGUCAACUCUGGAGAGCGAGCGCCAAGCCUGGCAAACUACUCGGGGAAAGCUCACCGAGCAAUUCAAAGAUCGGUCAAGGAAGCUCACUGGUGAGAAGAACGAAGCUUCUCAACGUGCUACCCAACUGCAGGAGCAACUUGACAAGGCCAAUGGAGACCUCGAGGGUGCUCAACAAUUGGCCGAAAAUGUAGGAAAAGAGAAGUCAGAGCUUGAGCAACAGAUUCUGUCUUUCAAACAACAAGUGGAAGAGCUUCGACAACAAGCGUCUCAACAACAGCAAGCUGGGCAGCAAACCUCAGCCCCGGCGCCUACUGGCCCGCCUGGUGAUGCGACAGUGUCCGCUACAGUCGUUACUCAAUUAGAGCAACAGCUGGCCGAUACUCGCAAGGAAUUGGAAGCCGUCAAUGCCCAAAAGCUUGGCGCAGAACAACAACUCGAGCAGCUCCGCUCAGAGCUCCAAACCGCUAUUUCUGAACGUGACGAGGCCACGAAGAAGGUGCAGAACGGCGAUAUUGUGCAGACCAAUGGCGCCGCUGGUGAGAAUUCCGCCUCUGCACCAUCGGGCGAUGGCACAGCCACUGGCCUGUCGGACGAAGAACGUAAUGCCUUGGAGCAGAAGGUGAUUGCCGCAGAGGCCAAGGCGGCCGAGUUUGAGCAGAAAGCGAACGAAGUAGAAAACAAGAUCCAAAACACAAUCAAGGAACGAUCUGACCGGAUGCGCGACACUCUCAACAACAAACUCAAGGAGAGCCGAGGUAAAAUGGAAGAGGAGUUCAAAAAGAAGGAGGACGAUCUCAAACUUCAUUUCGAACAGGAGAAGCGAAUCUGGCAAGCGGAAAAUGCUGGAGAGAAACCUGCUACUCAACCACCUGCAACACCAGCCGAAGCAGAAGGACAACAACAACCUACACACGCGGCAGCGCCAACCACGCCGAAUGCCGCUGCUGGCGGCAUUCCGGAUCUUUCUCAACUGGAUGAUGCCAGCAUUCGACAAUUCCUCUCUACCAAUGCAACGGUUAAAAGCAUCAUUGGAGCUAAUAUCAAGAAGAAGCUAGAAACAGAGAAUGCUAGAAUCAAAUCCGAGUUCGAAGCAAAGAUAACAUCAGCACGCGAGCAAGCUCAGCUGAUGGAAUCUAAGAAGUCUAGUCUCCGUCUCAACAUGGCAGAGAACAAACUGAAAUCCGCCACGGCUAAGUUGGGCGUGGUUGAGACAGCUGCAAACGAGACACCACAGAAACCAGUUGUGGAAGUUUGGGAAGUCGCAAAGUCUACGCAAGCGCCGGCAGCAACGCCCGCAACACCAGCAAAAGAGGCGGCGGCUACAAAGCAACCGACAACACCAGCGGCUGGUGCGGCAACGCCUGCUGCUGGCACUCCAGCUGCUCAACAAUCGACACAAGCUUCGGCCGGUAUUCCAGCACCGAAGGCUGCCAAUAACCCAUUUGCCGUUCCGGCUGACGCAACUAAAUCUGAGGCACCAAAUCCUUUUGCUGUCAAAGCGGAGGCAGCUUCUGCACAGGUGCCGCAGGCUCAGCAGCCAGCACCAGCUCAGCAACAGGCUCAGCAACAGGCUCAGCUGGCCCAACAACAACAGCAAGGCCAACAAGGCCAGCAACCCCCGCCGGCGCGUUCGGGCAUUCCUAUGCCACGAGGAGGCGGCCGUGGAAGAGGUGGUGCAUAUGUUCCUCCUGGCCAGCGUGGUGCUAGCGGCAAUCAAGAAGGUGGCGCGACUGGGCAAGGUGGACGUGGCAGGGGAGGUCAUAGAGGAGGACGAGGUGGAAUGAACCCUGGAGCUACAGAUUUCCAACCCGGCGCGAAACGUCCUAGAGGUGAUUCAGAAGUUGGAGGUGGUGCUAAGAGAGCCCGUGGCGCGCAUUGA